AUGCACGUUGCAAGCCCGGGACUCCCCGAAGCGGCCCUCCGCCACCUCUUCUUCCAAGCGGCCACAACAGGCGCGCCACGGCCAUCCUCCUUGCCGGCUGCUCGGGCGGGAGGAGACGGACGGGGGCAAACCACGGCUCCCGCCACCACUACCACCCCCCCCCUCACCCGACAGCGCACAAGUAACAACCGUAGCAACGCUGGUAGAAGUGGAAGUUUCCGCCAGAGUGGUAAGAGCGACGGUGGUGGCGGUGGAGACGGGGAAACCACAUCCGCGUCCGGUCUGGCGCGAGCCAUCGCGGGUUUUCCGCUGGCGUGCGAGGGGCUGGCGCCCUUGGUCGCGUCCACGGCCACGGAGCUCAGCGCGCGGAGCCUGCUCAAGCAGGUCGCGCAUCAGGCCAAGGAGGCCCUCGAAGAGACCGAGAAGGUUGUCGCGUCUAUCAGAGAGGCUCAGGGCACACCUGCAGGCCAGAGAGGCGGUGGCGGCGGCGGCGGCGGAUUCGUCCCAGAGGCCGAGAUCUCGGCGGUGGAGGCGAGGACAAGUCAGCUCAGGGCUUUCAUGAUCAAUGCCGAUACAUCGCGGAGCGUGCUCGACGUGUCCAAGCUAUGGAUUAGCCGCAGGAUGCUGGUCGCAGAGACCACUCUCCUGAGGGCCUACGGAGGAGUGGGGCCGACAGCGAGGGCCCAGGACGCGAUAAGGCAGGGACGACGAGUGCGGCUGAGGCGGAUUUUCCGGGCGUUCGAGACGGCGUGGCGAGAAAAUCUCAUGUCGCGGCCUCCUGAGGAAACCCUCGAAAGGAUCGAAUCGAGCGAUUGCAUAGGAUAG